AGCAGUAGUGGUAGUAGUAGUAGCAGUAGUAGUAGUAGCAGUAGUGGUAGUAGCAGUAGCAGUAGUAGUAGUAGUGAUAGUAGCAGUAGUAGUAGUGGUAGUAGCAGUAGUAGUAGUAGCAGUAGUGGUAGUAGCAUUAGUAGUAGUGGUAGUAGCAGUAGUGGUAGCAGUAGUAGUAGUAGUGGUAGUAGCAGUAGUAGUAGUAAUAAUAGUAGUAGUAGCAGUAGUAGUAGUAGUAGCAGUGGUAGUAGCAGUAGUAGUAGUAGUAGUAGCAGUAGUAGUAGUAGUGGUAGUAGCAGUAGCAGUAGUAGUAGUAGUGGUGGUAGUAGCAGUAGUAGCUGUAGUAGCAGUAGUAGUAGUAGUACUAGUAGUAGUAGUAGUAGUAAUAGUACUAGUAGCAGUAGUAGUAGUAGCAGCAGCAGCAGUAGUAGUAGUAGUAGUAGUAGUAGUGGUAGUAGUGGUAGCAGUAGCAGUAGCAUUAGUAGUAGCGGUAGCAGUAGUAGUAGUGGUGGUAGUAGCAGUAGUAGUAGUAGUAGCAGUAGCAGUAGUAGUAGUAGUAGUAGCAGUAGUAGUAGUGGUAGUAGCAGUAGUAGUAGUGGUAGUAGCAGUAGUAGUAGCGGUAGCAGUAGUAGUAGUAGCAGUAGCAGU